UUAAACCUGAGCAUGGGGACAAAAUAGUACUUAUAAUGUCUUCGCUGUUAUUUAAAAAUACAUGAAAGUAAAAUAGUCAAGGAUAAACCAUUAAUUUCACACACUAAAGUUUAUCAUUAAGAUAUACGACUUCCUAAUCUGUCCUGAUAAAGCCCGGUUACAACAAAUUGACGACGAGUUAAAAAUAAUUAACUUGUUCAAACCAAUUAACUUCGUCCUUUUAUCAAAUUCAUGCAUAUUUUCAGUGACACCAUUUUUUUCUGUUCAAUUAAUAAAUACUCCUUUUACGUAUUUUUUUUUAAUAAAUUGAACUUCACAAUUUUACAGUGCACUAAAAUUACUUGCAAAACAGUGAUAGAAUACUGAUCACGAAAACAAUAGUCUAUGAAAAGAAGUAACCAUUUUAAACUGCUGCUAUCACAAAGUUGUGUGACUGGGCUUCGGAACAUUACAAAAGAUGUGGUCGCUCAUCCCUUGUAUACAGUACCUUUUGGUAUUGCGUCCAAAAUGCUCCGCUUAUUAUUGUUGAGUGUUUUGGUUGGAGUAACGGUUGCAGGAAGAUCUCCCAAUGCUGAUCACAUAGAACGGAACUAUGGAGCUUCUGAAUAUCCUUUUGAUGUUCUAGAGGACGCCAAAUUGGAUGUGCCUGGCUUGGUCACUAAAUAUGGGUACCCGAUUGAGAGCCACGAAGUCAUCACUUCCGAUGGAUACAUUCUGACGAUGCACCGUAUCCCACAUGGAAGGGAUGCGAACAACGCGCCUGGUGUCAGGCCUGUGGUCUUCCUGAUGCAUGGUCUCUUGUCAUCCUCCGCUGACUUCCUAGUGCUUGGACCUGGAAGCGCCUUAGGGUAUUACCUUGCCGAAGAAGGCUACGAUGUAUGGUUGGGCAACGCCCGUGGCAACUUCUACUCCCGCCGGCAUAAUCGCCUCAACCCCAACAGCAGAAUCAACCAAAACUUCUGGAAGUUCAGCUGGGAUGAGAUCGGAAACCAUGACUUGCCGGCUUUCAUUGACUAUAUACUGGCUACAACUGGACAGUCCCAGCUCCAUUAUAUCGGGCACUCUCAGGGUGGUACUGCCUUCUUGGUGCUCAACUCCUUGCGGCCGGAGUAUAAUAGGAAGUUCGUCUCGUUCCAAGGAUUGGCUCCUGCCUCGUUCUUCACUAACAACGACCAGCCGACGAUCAACUCUUUGGCUCCUCACGAGAAUGUUCUGGAGCCAGCUGCUUUCGCUUUGGGCAUGGGUGAGGUGUUCGGCACUCGUGAUUUUGUCACUUGGCUCACAAACAAUCACUGCGGAGAAGGCUCCAUUCUCCAGACAUUCUGCAAUUCAAUGGUGAUCAGUGGACGCUCUGAUCACUACAAUGAGACCAUGCAACCGAUCUUUUCCGGUCACGCGCCCGCUGGUGCCUCCAUCCGUCAGUUCGCGCACUACGGCCAAACCAUCAAGUUCGACGCCUUCCGACGCUUCAACCACAACAGAGUCACCAACUUCGCUUUAUACAGGUCGUGGUCACCGCCACACUACGAUUUGUCCAGGGUCACUGUACCGUCCUACAUCCAUUUCUCCGCUGCUGAUACAUUAGUAGUUCCAAAGGACGCUCAAAUUCUUUGCAGCAAACUGGCGAACACAGUCGGUUGCAGCUUGGUUGAAAGUCCUUCUUUUGACCAUUACGAUUACAUUUGGGGGAACGGAGUAAAGGCUCUGUUAUACGAAAAAGUGUUGAGGCAGAUGAGAGAAGCUGAGCAGAUGCAUUAUUUGUAAAACGAAAUUGUCAGUGGCCAUAUUUAUUUCAAAUAAUUAUUUUUCUUUAAAGAUUCACAACUGAUUCUGAAAAUCGCUACUAGAUAUCAGUCUGUACAAUCAAAGGAUCCAAGACUAGUAGCAAUCUUUGUAUAUAUGUACUUACCUAAAACUUUGAAAUUGUGUCAUGUAAAUUAAUAUGCUAAUGUAUGAAAGACUCCAUAUUUGCUAGAGAAUGCAUUAUAUAUUAAUAUGAUUCAAAAUUGCCUCCUUUAUUUUCAUAAAUUUAAGUUGGCGUCAACGUUCAAAGAAUAGGAAAGAUUUCAAAUCACUUGUCUACGGCACAAAAUUUUUAUGAAAAUUACAACAGUUCACUUAUUAGUGAUAACUAGCAAACCAGUGAACCAAAUGUUCACCAAAAAAAAAAUGUAUUUAAUUAAUUGAGAACUUCGGAGAUUUUGUGUGGUUUCGUUUGAAAUAGAAACCACGUGAUUUCUCGAAAACCGGAAGUGCUAAGUUACUCACAUCCGGUUUGUAGUCUUAUCAGACUAUUCUUAACUUAUAACUUAAACAUUCUCUAUAACUAUCUCUUACGGUUUGGCCGCUGAAACAGCACCACGGACGGACGGACGGAC